AUGCCGGUCAGACAUCGACUGAGCCCGGUAGUGCUCGGCCGUUUCCGUUUGCCCUCAGUUUUCCAGACUUACGAGCGCUUUAAAAAUGGGUAAAUCACUAUUUAUUUACGUUUUUAUUUCGUCAUACAUGAAUUAAAUAUUGACAGCAUCUUCAAGUAUUGUUUUAAAUUAUUAUAUAGGGGUAAACGACGAAUAAAUUGGGGAGUCUGUUGACUCCGUUGUAUGUAUAGCCUUGUUAGCUCGAGGCUAUUGACUGUAUCGUAAUAAAGUCCCCCCCCUCUUUGUCUCAAUAACAUCACUGAAUCUCUGCAGCUCUCCCUCCGUGUGUGUGUGUGUGUGUGUGUGUGUGUGUGUGUGUGUGUGUGUGUGUGUGUGUUUGUGUGUGUGUGUUCAUCGGUAAAAAAAAUAGACCGACAAGCAACACCGUCAAUCUUUUUCUAAUUUAUUGAAAUUUACUUUAUUUUGAAAAUUGACCGGAUUCUCUCGCAUCUCCUUCCUGACUUCCUGUCUGGUCCGAUCUGCUCUGUUGAGCUUUACAUCGGCGCGCGCGGCUCGCGCCAAAAAUAGAGAGAAGCGGAGCAGCCGCGCUCCAGAGCGCGAGCCGUUCCGCGCGCGGCGCUUCCGCGCGCGUGCUGUGUGAACAGUCUCAUAGGUUAACAUGGGCGCCGAUCUGAAACUCUGUGCGCGGCGCUUCCGUUCCGCGCGCGGCGCUUCCAGUGUGAACCAGACGUAAGACUGGUUUGUGCUCAAGUCCUUUUUUUUCUGUGAGCUCCGUUUUUAAAAGUUAUUAGGAGGUCAUGUUUUCUUUGAUUGACACCUGAUACAGCCUAUUGGAGUUCAGGGAUUGCAUAGCUCACCCAGCCCAGGGGAUACGCUGUUUGAGCCGAGCGUCAUCACAGUGACUCUCGGCGACUCUCGCCCCGAAUGCGCACAACGCUACUGCGCAGCGCUGGUAUCAGGAAAUGAAGACAGAUCCCGGAAAUACCAAGAGCUUUUUGGUUUCAAAUCCGUAUACAGGUGGGAGGCAGAACCAAGUUGUCCACGUUAUGUACAGUCUAUGGGCAUGACGCAAUACAUGACGGAGUGCCGACCACCAGUGAGUGACCAUCGGAUGGUCACUGCAUUUCGCAAUGCUCUACGGGAAAUUUAAAGUCACCUAUAUUGGGCACUGGAAUUGAUCACUGAGGUUUCGGACACCCCUUAAAUGGCGCUAACCCCCAUAUAGUCACCUAUAUGGGGGUUAGGGGUCCAUUUCGGACACAGCCAUGGUCUUUUUCGCUGUACUGUACCUUUAAGAGGACCCGGAAUUGCUAUUUAACCCGGAAGUACAAGCGCUUCAAUGUGACUUAUCCUGGCUAACCUUGCUGUGUUUUUAUGCUGAUCAGAGAUUGUGUUUCAUAAAAUUCUUUAAAAUGUUUCUUACCACUGUGAACUGUAAGUAUUCAAAUCAUUGCCUUCAUUUGUUUCAAGAGAUUGUUGUGUAACGUUUGUGUGAGAUCGAUCUGCUGGUGUUCGUGUGUCGUUUAGCUCACAUGUAGCUGCUGUAUCUGCUUCACCCGAACGUUUUAUUGUUUUCCUUCGAGUAAUGUAAGUUUUGGAUAAAAGUGAUAUUAUUAUACAAAUUUUUGAGAAAAAAAGCAAUCUAAAGUUGUUAGGAUUAUAACGUUACGCCUCUAUUGUCCUGUUGUUAUCGGUUUUAAUGCUGUUAUCUUUUAUACUGUAAUCAUGUCAGCCUGUCUCUCCCCCCUGUCUCCAUACUUAUAAUGUGGCUUGUUUACAUCACUUCUGCUGAUCAUCUUGAACCUCAAACCUUCUCUUUUGUUUCAUUUCUCAGUGGCCAAGGCUAAAUCAAAGUAAGUGCAUGUAUCGCUUGUAUUAUUGAUGUUUGGAUAUGUCUGAAAUGUAUUUUACAGACUCUCUGUGGUGCUCACCUGUCUCACUUAUCUCCUUUAGGACCAUCCUGGUGCAGAUGGUGAGCGCUGCAGGGACAGGCUACUUCUUCAACACGAAGAGGAACCGCCUUAAAGACAAAAUGGUGCUGCGAAAACAUGAUCCAUUUGGUAAGAACCAGCUGGUCAUGCAGUGAACUGGUUUGAAAUACAAUAACAAGUGAGACAAAUGACUGAUGUAGCUGAACGAGAUAUUUCUCACAGAUCAGGUGUUAAGUUAUACAAAGACAAAUACCAGGUUAAGUUAAUAACUAAUAGUGCAAACACAACAUAAAACAGGUGCACUGAUGUUUAUUACAUGUAUAAAUUUAGUAUCUACUCAGCAUAUGACACAAAAACAGGUUCAAACUGUGAAAAAGUUAAAAUUAAGGGUUGAGGAUGAGGUAUAACUCAGUUCUUCUCAGUCCUGUAUGUACUGAGACAAAUUGAAGCAUAUCAGCAGGUUGUCUUUGUAAAUAGCAAGCUAAAAACCCUGCAGAGCAAGAGAUUGUUGUGUAUUCACACUUAUAAAAAUAUACUCAUUAACUGUAGAAGUUUAAGGCUUUAACUGUGUAAAAGGUGAAUGCAGGGUUAAACUGGCUGGUUAAACAGCCCUUGUAAGUAAAUUAUCUCAACAGAAUGCCACUUACUUUAUAAACAUACUGUAAAGUGCAUAAGCAUGCUUACACACGCUGGUAAGACAAGUUGCUGCAACAUUGUUGUCACUGGUUUGAGGCAAGGUGAAGAAUUUCUGCUUGAUUUUUCUUGAUAUAGGGAUUUUUUUAUACUCUUAUGAAAGUUUUUUUUUUUUUGCAUAUAAGUAAGGCAUUUAAUUAACCAUGAAGUACUUUGUGAAAGCUGGCAAGUGGAGAGUAUUUAGAGAGGUGUGCUUUGAGAUGUCAAAGGUGAAAUUUAAAAGUGGACGGCAGCAAGGACAAAAGCCUUAUGCAAUUCCAAGGUCUGCAAUCAACACAAGUUCCACAGGAGUAAGUUUUUAAACAUUCUCGAGAGCUUCAGAGUCCGAUUGGUCUUGAACUUUGGCGUAUUUGUCAUCUGUUUGUGCAGACUCAAGAAAAACACAUGGAAGGAGGUAACACAACCCGUCCAUUUAUCUGUAUCUAUGAGCUCCGCUUUUUUAGGUCAUUUCAAAUCAGGAGUCAGAGGAUAUGGUAGCAGUAUCAGUAAUUUAAAUUACUGUGUUAUUGCGGUUUUGAUCAUUCAUUGUAUCACACUGCAUCAUUUCCCAUGGGUUAGUAAAUGAAGCAAAGAAAAAAAACAGCUUCAUGAUACUUAUUUUUUCAGAAUUCAUUCAUCAAUCAUGCAUGUGGUAAGAUGAGGUUGUAAAAAUAUUUAAUCAGGCUCUGCAAAUGUUCCUGUGUUUGCAUUUGUUUCAUUACCAAAAACAGAGAUGGUAUAUAAAGAGUUCUCUGUCUCCUUUUGCUUUCUGUCUUUGCAGUGAACAAACACGUCUUGUUCUUUGAGAAGAAGAAGAUCAGAUCGAUUUAA